GCAGACCGUCCUGCUGUCGGCCUCACGUCUCCCAUUACCGCCGCAGGAUAACUAAAUUAAACCGGCUCACUGGCUCUGUCUCUGCCCAACAUGCUGACUUUCUCUCAUUGUCUGCUGACUCUCUCUGCUCCCUGCUGACUUUUAGACGUCCAUUUUCUCUGACUUCCUUCUUUGUGAGUUCAGUGACUCUGUUUUGUUUAUUUCUGUUUUCAGAGUAAUCUGGAAUCAAACUACAGAGCUGAACCUGCAGGAUUAUUAUUUUAUUAUCUUUUUAAUUAGCAUAUUUAAGAUUUCCACUGGUUUUUAUUUGAUUUAUUUAUUUCAAACUGGUUUUUAAAAACAAUAAUACAAGCAAUCAGUAGGACAGAGAAAACAUGGGCAUACAUAACCUCCUUGAACAUAAUAAUUUAUUUACUACUUACUUUUCUGUUUGAGAAGAUGCAGGAAGAAGUGCCCUUAUUGAAUCCUACCCCUUAUCUUAAUUUAAUGAAACAUAUUACCAACUCAGUAAUUAUAUAUAUUAAAAAAUUGCAAUUAAAACCAUGUUAUAUAUUCAUGUGCAUGUUCAGUAUACUGGGCUAAAGAGCCAACAAAUAAAUGAUAUUACAUAGACAAAAUGAUUACAAAAUAACUUAUAACAAGACAAGAAAAUCUUGUACUAAUAAUAGUAGUAAUAAUGACAAUUAUAAAUAAUAACAGCAUCAGAAUAAUUACCAACUUCUUUUCAAUGUACACCUUUAAAUUCUUAUUAAUCUGUGUUAUAUAACAAUAAAUAAAAUGUUAAGAAAAGAAACAAUGAUAAUAAUGACAGUAAGAUAACAAUAAUAAGCUACUAAUAAAGGUAAUAGAAACGCAAAAGAAAGAAUAUUUAAAAGAACAAUAAGUGAUUUACUCAUAGCACAUUUUUACCCAAAACAUUAACUUUAUUUUAAAUUUUAGUCCCUUUCAUGACAUUUCAGGAACUUUUCAUCUUUAUUUUCUUAUUUCUAAAUGGCACUGAAGCACAUUCAACUUGGGGUUAUUUCCUUGAUCGCUUCAUUUUUUUAAGUUUUUGUCACUUUUGUCUGUUCAUGUAAGUGUAGCAGGUUUUUAUUUCAACUAAAUUAUAGACGUGACGUUUGUCAAAAUGUGUUUAUUUAUUCUUUGGAUGUAUUUAGUUUAGUCAGGAAGUUGCUUCUCAGGACAUUUUGUUGAUAUUUUUUAAGUUCUGUGACGUUGCUCUUGACGGUUACCAUAGUAACCAGUAACCUGUUAGGAUCAGCUCGGUGUUUACUUUACAAAUAUGAUAUUUUACUAUAUAUUUUAGACAAAUUUAAUCAUAUGCAGUGUUUCAUGAGUAAUUCUGCUAUGUUUUGUGUUUGUUUUUUAAAUUGUUAACAUUAUUAAUGUUGUCCAUUUUUACUAUGUUUAAUUUUAUAAAUGCUAACUGCUGCUAACUGCCCAUUGGGAGCCAUUGCUUUUAGUUUGUUUAGGGUUAUUUAUUACAUUUUAUUGAAUGUAUAGAGGCAGAAGUUGCUGGAUUGAUGUUAACCACUAACUUGAUUUUCUCUUUUGUUGGAAUAAAUAUAAUAAACCUGAAUGUGUCUGUCGUGAAGUCAACCUGAGACGGUUACAUGAACAUCCAAACUUUACUUGUAAAUCUUCAUUUUUAGCAUGUUUUUCAGCAUGUCAGCCAUUUACAAUUACCUCCAAAUUAAAUUAGGAACUCCCAGGAGGAGACGCUGACUGCCAGAGACCCACACUGGACAAAAAGGACAAGAGUGAGGAAAAGCUCAGGUGAUCCGUAGACAGGAACACUGAAGGAGCAACCUUUCAUCAGAUUAAUGAGAAAAUAAAACGACGUGAGCAAAAGUAGAGGAGAAAUUUAAUUAGGGAAUGAGCCGGAGGUCGUUUCAGAUAAAGCUGUUAUAGUUGUAGCAUCCAGGGAAGCAGUUCCUUCAGCUCCUGUUGGAGAACCGAGCAGAGGGACUUUAAAGAAGAAUCAUGACUCGUUUACAUCUCCUAAUUGGACUCCUGAGUUGUCUUCACCUGGCAGGAUGUUUGCAGUGUUACACCUGUGUGUUUCCUGCCAUUUCUCCCAUGGACUGCAUGAAGUUUCCUCUGGAGUGUCCUGCAGGCCAGCGCUGCCUGUCCAGCGUGGCGACAGGAAGGCGAGGCGCCGUUCAGCUGACGAUAUACGAGAAGAGUUGUGCCGUCCCGACGCAGUGCGGCUUGGCCGGACAGAAGUACACCUCAGGGGUGUACUUUAACUACACCAACGACUGCUGCGACACGGAUCUUUGCAACGCCGCCGGGUCUGUUGGUGCCCUGAGCCUGAGAGGAGCGCUGCUCUGCCUGCUGCCUGCACUCGGCCUCCUGCUGGUCUGAACAGAACCACCAGAACCACGGACCGCCUCUGCCUCCAAAUGCCUCUUUAGAAAAGAAAUGGCUGAGAUGUUAAAGGAAAAUUAAGUUUAAUUCAUCACAAGUUGCACCAUCAGUAUUAUUUGUUAUCCAGCAGCUCUUCUAGAAGAUAUUUAAGUGUAAAACAGGUGGAAAACAUUCCUACUGAAAGAUAUUUAUCUAGAAAGAAUGUUAAAAAUAAUUAAAUGUAACUUUUCCUGACCUUCACCUUAAAAUUUUGGUUCUUUCUGAACUCUUAGUCAAAUUAUAAACUGAGGAGCAUAAAUUAUAAUUCACAUUCUCCAAAUCAAAAUAUCAGGGCCAUAAGAAGAAAUAAAAUUAAAUUAACUAGAAUAUAAUCAUACCAGAAUAAUGACUUUAUUCUCAAAAUCUUAUACAUUAUUAUUUUUUUAGUGUAGUCCUAAUUCUCCGUCAUAUUAUGGUUAAUAAUAGUAGUAAUUGUUAUUACUACUAUCACAAUAUAGUGAUAUAAAUUGCGACAGCCAGCUAAACAAAGUUGGUGGAAUCAACUGACUCACUCUUUGGUUGCCUAGCAACUCGCUCAUUAUUCUUCGGUUACCUAGCAACAACUUGCUGAGGAACUUGCUGAGCAGCAGUUUCAGGUUUUGCCUCAUUACUGCUUACAAAUAAACAGCAGCAUGGGGGAUAAGAGGGAAGGUCAUGACAGCAGUUUGGCAGCAUUUCAGGUAUUUAAAACAAAAAAACGAAUCAAUAAUUAUUGAUAUUCUGAUAUGAAACGCUCAUGUGUUUUUCAGCGUUAUUGUCCAGCUCUAUGUUGUUCUGGCUGGAUUAAGACCAGCUGUUUAAAAAAGAUAAAUAAAUGAAAAGUCAGCUUGUAUGAACUCAAACAUGUACAAUGUGACGGUGAGAGGAGUUGCGUUUUCAGUUUUAUGCUGGUGGUGGUGCUACAGAUCAUCUGAUUUUUGUCAAGUUUUACAUGUGAAGUGUUUUUUUUUUAAGUUCCUGUGAAGAGAUUUAAAAGUCCUACUUCUGUUUGUUUUUUAAGUAUCUAUAUGAAAACAGGUUUGCCAGAUUGUUCUGUUAGAUCAGCUAACAUUAAUGCUGUUUGGUUUCCCUAAACAAAACAUUUUGUACCAAACGAUGUAGAAUCAGUUCUUUUCUCUUGGGACUUUUACAAAUGUGGAGAUAAAUAAUAAAAGCCCUCAUAUUUCUAAUUGUCAUUAUUAUACAGAAUCUUCAUAGUUUUAGAUUAUAUCAUAUUUACACUGGUUAUUGUUUGGACCAUUGAUUAAAUCUCAGAUUAUGACCUCUGAUCGAACCAAAUAUAACGAAGCAGCUCCUUUGUUGGUCAGUUAUGUGAAGCAUAUUAACAUAUUCAGCAAACUACAUAAAAAAAUAACGUGUAAUAUUCAUGAGAACAAAUUAUGACAUGUUCAGCAGGAACUUCCUUCUCCGAUUUCUUUUUAUGUGGACAUUUCAAUAAAACAAUCCUCAAAACAAGCCAGAAAUAAAAAAGGAUGCGUUUUAUUAUGAAGAUAUUUUUAUUGGAACAUUAAUAAAAGUAAAAUAAAAAAAGGUUUCAGCUGUGAGUUCGAUUGUCCUUGCUGCCGCUUUGAUUUUUUUAACUUCAUGAUGCCGUUAGCAUUAAGACAGAGUGAAAAAUCACAACAUCAAUAACAAAACAUGAAAUGAAACGCAGAAAAUAAAAAUCCAACACAUUUCCUGGUCCCUGAAAUUGUUUCAAAUACAUAUUAAGAAAU